AGAAGUGGCUCCAGUGUGUUGUGGAGGUGUAGCUGGGAUGGAGAGUGAUCCAGGACCUGUCCUCACACGUGAUUGUUUAAUCUACAUCUUCACUUACCUGGAGGCUGACGAUUUGAGACGGGUUUCUCAAGUGAACGAGGCUUGGAAUGAUGCUGCAGAAACACCCUGGCUGUGGAGAAGAUUGUGCUUGGAGCGCUGGAUCUUCUGCAAUCUCUCAAAUAUGGAUAGUGAAAUAAACUCCUGGAAAAAUUAUUAUUUACAUCGUUCCAAAACAGAGCAGCACAUGGCAUCAGGGCAUAGCACUACUGACUAUAACUGCAUAACUUUCAGGGGUCACACUGACAGUAUCACUGGCCUGCAGUACCUGAGUAAUCUUGACCAUCAGUUCGAUACUGGGAUUUGUAAAUCAUUGGUGUGCACAGCAUCCAGAGACUGUACACUGCGAGCAUGGAACGUUCAGGAGGGUAAACAACUAUGGUCAACUCCGGUGCAAGAAGAACCAUUGGUGAAAUUAAUAACUGUUCCACAAAAAGUCCUUGCUAUCACCACAGACUCAAAGGGAAAAAUCAAAAUUUGGAAUGGGCAGACUGGAGAUGAGUUGGCUGCAUAUGAUAUUUCAUGUACAGUUUGUCAUUUGGUGACCAGCAAAGUGAAUAACCAGCUCUACCUAACUGCUGGCACUAGAGGAGGUGCACUUAUCACACUAAGUAUUCCUAAUCUUAGCCAGAUCUCUCACUUAUCAGUGAUGAAGGAUUAUCAAGUCGAUUUUCUACUGGUAUCACCAGAUCAGCAGUGGAUCAUUGCUGGUACGGAAGAAAAUGAUGAUAUCCCUGCUAAGGUGUUGCGAACAGAACUUUUAUCAAACUCUGGUAAUCUGUCACCAACAACAACAGACUCCCUACCACUGAAGGGUUGUUUUAUGGCUUGCUGGUUACCAAAAAAACCAUCCAGAGUGGUUACAGUAACCCAUAGCAAUGUCAUGUCUUCUGAGAUCACUAUUGUUACUCUUGAUAUCAUUCUUCAGAAAACAAAACAGAAACUGGAAAUACAAGCUAAACAGGUUGGAAAUUUCACCUGCAAAAUAGUUGGCUGGAAUAAUAUACUUGUUGAAGGCCAUGGAAUUAAUACCAUCAUUCUAGCACAAGGUACCGAACUGAAACUGUUUUCCAUUGAUGGUACACAUCAUGCCAGCUUUCGUGACCACAAGGAAACAAUCAGUGGAAUUUCAGUGGAUCCCUUCCGUGUGGUCACUGCAUCAAUGGAUUUGUCACUUAGAGUAUAUACCUGGAAAAGGCAACCAAACAAAUAUCUCAAUCUUGAAAGUAAUUACCAUUUGCUGGGGGGUUCUCACUUGAGAUCCAGGGGAUUUAUAAGUGUAUUGUGUGACUAUGUAAGCAUUGUUGGUGCUGUUCAAUCAAAGGAUGGAAAAGAUGUUCUAAAAGCAUACAACUUCAAUCUGUAAAGAAUUCUUCCAUCACAAAGACUAUUUCAUUCUGUACAGCAUGAAUGUUAUGUAUUAUUUUGCAAAGUGACAAAUUUAUGGAAUCAGACCUUUAGUUUGUAACAUGUACAUGUGUACAUUACUAUUAUUAUAUCAUUGCUGGCUUUUGAUUUAGCUGUAUUUUAUGUUGAUUCUGGCAAGCUGAAAAUAAAUCAGCUUUAAUCUUUUCAGUGGCUGCCACUAUGUAUACACUUUCCCCAUAAGAUGAUUCCCAGUAAAAUUUUACUGGGUGAGGGAACUUAUACAAUAAUGAAUAAAACCAAAAGAACUGUGGAUGCUGAAAAUCAAGAACAAAAACGAAGCUGCUGGAAAAGGUUCUGAGGAAGAGUCACCGGAC